GGGCAUUUCGAAUUCAGUUGAUUCUUAGCGUAUGGACUCCUUCGUGGAGCUUUUUUUUUCACUUCCCUCCUCAAUUGAGGAAAGGGUUUCGGAUUUUACAUGGCGUCUAACACCGCCAUUGAUGGACUCCUUCACGGCCAUUUUUUUGCUUUGUUAUAGCGCUGAAUUAUUUUUAAAGAAAAUUCCAAAAAUAUCUGCAGCUGUUCCUUUUUGAAGAUGUUCUGCUUGAACCUUUUCCAGCAGUUUUUUUUUUUUUUGAUUUAUUGCUCUUCACCAUGAUGCACGAGCAUGCUGAUUGUGAUGGUCGACACCUACCGUGGUAUGUGGAUUUGCUGACACCGAGUUAGGGAACCCACAGAUCGUAUCCGUUUUUUUGCAAGAUGCCUUUUCUGAUGGUUCAGUCUUCCGCUCCAGCUACCCAAUAGUACCCAUAUUCUUGAUGCUGUGCCUCUUAUGAUAAUAUUAAGAGGUUGUGAUAAAGAGUCUUAGAAAUCUUCAAUAAAACAAAAAUAUCAGUGCAAAAACUGGACUCCUUCAUUCAGACUAGUGGUUUUAUUUUUCCUAGGUGAGAGAUAACUUCUAUGGAGAAGAGGUGUCCGGGAACACAGUAAAGGAAAUACAGUUGUAUAAUAAAGAAAUACUGGAAUUCAGGAAAAACGGAGGACCUUGCUACGACAGAGAAGUACUUAACAGAAUUCGAUUUAUUUAUCCGCUAAUGAGAGAUGAAAUGACCAUUCGCAGCGAUUACUACGAUGAAAUAGAAAGAAACUUCGCUAAUAUACCUACAACAACCACAAACCAGUUUUUACUAAACAUUAAUACAUAUUGCAGAAAUCUAACGGAACUCAUAAAGGUGUUCAGAACGGCAAGUCAAAAACUAGAUAAUAUUUCUAUGAUAGCUGAAUUUGUCAAUUUACUUAGUUCAUUGGCAAGUUUAGCUAAAAACAUCGAUAUAAUUUUUAAUAAUGAGAUAUCCAGCAAUUUGACAAACCAGGCCUAUGACACAAACCCAGUUUUGGGUAUAAUUUCUCAGGGGCUUUGGAAUUGUGUUCCACAAUCUAUAUAUGUGAAAUUCUUUACAUCUAUUGGAGAAAGUUUGGGUACGAUAUGGAUUUUGCGAACACUUUCAAAACCCAGCGAUAGGUGUAAAGAAUCUAUGGAAGAAAUUAAGAAUUAUUUUAAUAAAUCGGAAGAAAUGAAUGAAGAGGUGAAGUCCCUUUUCUUUGGUGAAUGGGAUGACAAACUGGUGGCUUCUAUUGAAAAGGCUUUGUCUGAGGAGGAUAUAGGAGUUAAAAUGUUCGCAUUUUUGUACGUUUCAGCAUUAAUCGUCAGUCCCUUCAUGCUUCAAAGAUUUGACUUUUUGAAAAAGAUUUUUAUAUUUAGUACAAGCACAUUAGGACAGAAAUGGUACAAAAGAAAUUUGAUUCAAGAUCUGUUUCCGAAAAUUACCCUCAGAACUGAAGGAAUUGAUUUAAUUGGUGUAAGAGAGCUGUCAAAGUCUUCAGCUUUUAUAGAUUUUGUCACAGUUUCUGUCAUAAAUAUCCUGGAACCAGGCUCAGAAUUAACAAUUAAAGAUCGGGUACAAGUGAAAACCAAAUCUGCUACUCCCUAUGCUUAUGGAGCACUGGAUUGUAUUCUAAUUUACCUCUCUUGCAGAAAAUUUAAGUAUGGAGUCAGUAAUAAGAAUUCCGCAUUGCUUAGAAACUUAGCUGAACGUGCUGAAUCACGCUUGCGAGAAAUAAACAGUUUCAUGCUAAGAUAUGUAUCAAGAAGACUAGCUGAUUUUUGAAAAAAACU